CAAAUUUAAUGUUCACUCAUUAAGAAUAUGAUUGAAAACGAUUUUUCGGAAUCAAGUGAUGAAGAUUAUAUACCACAGCCUGAAGAUAAUGAUUUAAGCGAGGAGGCCGAAGAUGACAUUUUAGAGGAUGAAACAGAAGAUAAUAAUUCUGUCUUAAUCAAUAAAACAAAAAGAUGUAAAAGAAAACGUAACUCAAAGACAACUAAAUCAAAUAUUUUAAUCAAUCGAAGUUUGAAUCUUAUAGAAGAUAAAAAUGAUAUUGAUAAAUUAAAUAAAAAUAAGCUACCCAAUGAGUUAUGGUCAAAUUUUCUAAAUUGUGUUAAUAAAGAAGCAUCCUAUGUAAAGAAAAAUGUUGAGUCAAAUACCACAUGUGAUUUAAAGAAACUUGACAAUGCCACAAAAAUAAUGGCUCCUUCAAGCACGUCAGUAAGUGAAAAUCUUUCCGAUCUACCCACAAAUAACGCAUCAAAUUCGUCCACCACAACUCCCGCCAUUCAUAAGAGCCUUUUUAAUGAUCUCCCUCAAACGACCGAGAAUAAACUUCGCACAUCUUCUUCAUCCAUAAUUCUCAAAAAUGGUAGCAAAACCGGAAAUAACAUUAGUCUGGACAAAUUGUCUCAAUUCUCCGGUAACAAACGAAAAUCCAAAUCCAGUAUCCUAAAAAUGACUCAAAAAAGUUGGGAAGAGUUUCAAACGACAGCCGGCGGGCUUCAUAAACCUGGUUCGACCGAUAAUUCGCAACUCGAAGAUAAUGUUGAAUCAGAACUUUUCAGGAAAGAUUUGGAUAGUUUUGCCAAAGGCAAGGACAGUUACGUGGAUAGAAUGUCUUUCUUGAACCGCGCAGAAAUAAGACAGUAUGAAGCGCAAAAGAAACUGAGAUACAAGCCAUCAUAAAAAAAUUUAAAUCUUCAAGUUUACGUUUCUCGCAAAUAACAUAUGGUGGCCCAAGGACAACAGGGUCUUUUUAGCUUGUUUUCUAAACGCGACCUCUUAAUACGAAAACCCACCUUUACAAAUUAAUUUUAAAAUAUUCAUUUAUUUUCGCAUUAUUUUGAAAUGGAUUAAUAUAAUUGUUUUAUUUUUUAAUCAUGUGAUAGAAAUAU